AUGCAGGUGGUGAAUAAUAUAAUUCACAGUCCGCCUGGAGCAAGGAUACCAAAUAUUUCAGUGCAGCAAUUUAUACUCGAUAGUUUUCGCGCCAAUCUCGAUCACAUUCAGCAGGUUGAUAUUGAAACUGGUAAAUACUACACGUGCAGAGACGUUCUUGAAGCAAGCAUAGCACUCGCUGGUGCUUUAAAGAAUUAUGGAAUCGUCAAUGAAGACAGAAUUUCCGUUGCAAGCGAGAAUCAUCCAAAUUUUUUGAUCAUAAUGUGUGGAAUAUUUAACGUUGGAGCUGUAUUUGCUCCCGUGAAUCCGGCAUACACAGAAAGAGAGUUCAGACACAUGUUGGAGAUCAACCAACCACGAGUGAUGUUUGUGUCUCGAAAAACCGAGUUGCUUCUCUCAAAAAUUGCACCGACUCUUAGUUGGACGAUGAAAUUAAUACAAUUGGAAGAUAAUGCCUUGACUAGAAACGUUCCAACGUUGAAAGAACUUUUGCAGGCGCAUAAGGAUAUUGUAGACCCUUAUAAUUAUGUACCAGCGCCUGUCGGCGACAGUAGCAAAGCAAUGGCGGCAAUUUUUGGUUCUAGCGGAACGACUGGCUUUCCCAAAGGUGUUACAUUGUCUCAUCGAAAUUUAGUGACUUACAUUAUAAAUUCGAGCGGUACACGCUAUUUAGACAUUCGACGAGGUGAUCGAAUAAUAGUCUUUUUGCCAAUGUUUCAUGGCUAUGCAUUCGGUACAACACUCUCUGCGAUAGGUUUCUGUGGAACUACGUACGUAAUGCGUUCUUUUAAGAUGGAGACUUUUCUGCAAUCAAUUGAAACGUAUAAAAUCACGUACGUACCAUUGGUUCCUCCAAUUCUGGUACUUCUCGCGAAGUAUCCAUCGGUUAUAAACUAUGACUUCAGCAGCGUGAGAUACCUCCAGAGUGGCGCAGCGCCAUUUCCUAAAGACGUUGCAAAGGAGGUACGGAGACGGACGAAAGUAAAGAACAUUCGAAAUGGUUAUGGUAUGACAGAAUUGUCAGUGACUACGCACGUAGGCGAUAUAACGCGCGACGCUGAAAAUUUAGGAUCGCUGUUUCCCGGAUUGCUUUGCAAAGUAGUGAAUCCAAACAUUAACGAAGCGCUUUGCGCCAAUGCAGUUGGAGAAGUUUGCAUAAAAGGUGACCAAGUAAUGUUGGGAUACUUCAGGAACCCUAAAGUCACCGCAGAAACCAUCGACAAGGAAAAAUGGCUGCACACUGGCGAUCUUGGGUAUUUCACAGAAGAUGGAUUAUUGUACAUUACCGGGCGACUAAAGGAACUUAUUAAAUAUAAAGGCUUUCAAGUAGCCCCGUCAGAGAUCGAGAUCAUAGUACAAUCACAUCCAGGCGUUAAAGAUGCAGCAGUUCUGGGCAAACCUGAUGAAAUGAGCGGCGAAGUACCGAUAGCUUUAGUAGUGAAACAAUCUGGUUCCAACGUGACAGCCAAAGAAAUCAUAGAUUUCACGAAUGGAAAUUUAUCACCGCAAAAGUGGUUGAGGGGUGGCGUUAAAUUCGUUGAAGCUAUACCCAAGACUCCAUCAGGAAAAAUUCUGCGACGAGAAUUAAUUAAAACGAUAUCUAAAUUAUAA